AUGGCCGUCAUUACGGAGGUAGAAAGUGACGAUGAGCUGCCCCCGCUCGUUGGGAGUGGCUCACAAGCCACGACAGCGUCGCACACAGCCUCUCCCCCAAAACAGGACAAAGCUCCAUCCUUUUCCAAGGAAGCCCAGAAGGCGCAGGAGGAUGAAGAUGACGACGAUGAUGAACUGCCUCCUUUGAUCAGCAGUGCGGCACCAGCACAAAAAGUGGAGCCCCCUGCUCGCCGGGAGGAGGUGCCGGCUUCAAAGCCUGUUGCACCUGCAGAUUCCAAGGUGGCAAAAACACCUGUAGAAGAGGUCAGGCAAAAGCCGCAGCCCUCGAGUCCGUCAGGUCCGUCAGGUCCACCUUCCAGAGGCCUUGCCGGACUCGGAAGCGCCGUACCCGCCCCUGUGCCGAAGGAAGCCAAAGCUGCUGCGCCGGCAGCGCCUGCGCCGGCAGUGCCUGCACCGACAGACUUGUCGUCAACUGAUCGCAUAGCGGGCAAAGACGACUUGGACGACGCUCUUGAUGUCCUCGAAGACGGCCACUACGAGGAGGCCGAGCUGUUGGCUGGGGAGGUCCAACGGCAGGCAGCGCAGGAUGGGAACGCAGAGAGAGAGGCAGAUGCCCUUCGGGUGGUCACCAAGGCGCAGAUCAAGGCUGCUGAGGAGAAGGGUUUCGAAGGAUUGCCGGAUAUUGAGGUUCUGGAACAAGCGCUGAAGGCUGCCAAUAGCGAGAUCUUCACAUUUGAGAAGCAUGGCGAAAUCGUGGCAAAGGUCCCCCCAGCUCCGAACCUCAGUGGUGUUCUUCCUAGAGACACCAUGCAAAAAGCGCAUUGCCUGGACCACGUGGGAGCCGUGCGAGGCGUCUGCCCCGAAUGUACGAAUGCUCAUGGCCUAUCGCUCGAUGGCAGCAACUUGGGUGGCAAUAGCUUGCAGUUCUGGAGGAAAGCACCUCGCUGCAGCGCCUUCAGCGUUGACCCGCUGAUCGGUGUAAGGAGGCUUUGCUUGCUGCCAGUGACGCUUCUGCAGCGCCUUUCUGCUUGGUGGUGCGACUUCCCUCCGCAGACACAGCCUGCAUUGAGCCGCGGGCUGCUCCUGUUUGCGUUCUUGAUUCAUGCUUAUCUUUGGCAAGGAGGCUUCCUCGCUUUCUGGCACGACCUGACCGGAAGCAAUGGAGAAGUGGACUUGGAGGCAAAAGAGGGUGGCCUGCACGAGUUUCCCGAGCACCUCUCAUCGAGAAUGUCGCGCGAGGCAAAUAUCCAUCCGGCAGUCUUGAUGCCGUUUCUGGUCUCGUUUGAUAUGCCGGGUGGGCCGAACAGCAUGCCCGAAGCAACUGCAUCAAUCUUCCUUUGCUUGAGACGGAUGCAAAUUUGCUUACUCCUGUCCUGGCUUGGCGCCAUCGUGCUCCUGCUAUGUCUACAUGUGCGCGGGGAGCAGGCGACUUGUUCCCUUCGAGUCAUGGCAUCUGUUGCCACCCUCACAGCGGCAUGUCUCAACUUCUACUUCCAGGGCUUCUCUGCGCGCUUGACAGAUCCACUCGUGCCUGCCUGGGCCAUGCUCGUCGUCGCCUUUGCGCAGCUGGCGGACGGGGGCCGCACCUCAGAGAGCUUUGUCUGGGCCGGGCGCUGGUGCAAGAAGCUGAUGCUGGGCGUGCUCUGCUUAUCUUACUUCUUGGCUGGGUGUUACAAGCUGCGUGCUGCUGGGUUGAGCUGGAUGGGCGGCAGCGUCUUGGAGCACUAUGCGCGUCUUUAUAUGAGCGCAGAGCCGUGGAGCGAGCACCUGUUUACAGUACUUUGCCGAGUUCACGCAUGGCCAGUACUGUCCACCUGCGGUCUGCUUUUUGAACUUCUUUGCCCCCUGGCUCUGUUCAACCCGUCCCUUCGGGCUCCAAUGAUUGGUAUGGCCAUCGUGUUCCAUCUCGGAAAUCUGUUCCUGAUUGCGCUGAACGGAGACCGGUUCCUGACUUGGGUAUGGAUGCUGCUCUUUGUGCUUGACUUUCCCGCGAGCCUUGUCAACAAGCCCAUUGCAGAGCCAAGCCUUGUUCCAUCGAGUGAUGAUGCCUUUCUCUUGCCCGUGCCUCCGAUGCCACCACGCACUAGCAGCACGAGCAGGCCUUCCCAAGCCGCCAAAGCGAGAAAAGUGAGCAGGGUCGGAGGACUGAGCCUGGAAACACACCUGCAAACGGCUUAUGGGCUUUGCACAGCUGUGGUGGUGAUGAUCUGGCUGGGUGUUGGCCUUCCACGAGCUGCAAACCUGGUUCACACAGACUGGCCCUUUGUUGGUCCGGACAUGUUCUCCAGGGUCGGCAGCUGGUCCUCGCCGUCGCCAUUUCGCGACGUCCUUUUCAAUCAGAUGGUUAGGCCCCAAGAAAUCCGGAGCAGCUUGGUGCAGCGCAUGGCCCGGCGCAAGGCGUGCAGAGCUUGCAUGAGCGGUGUUGCUGCACAGGGGAACGUGACAAGCGUGCCCUCCUUCGCUUGUGAGAACAGAUGCGUGGGAUGUGCUGAGUUGCAGCUGCAGGCGCACAACGCCGCGAGUGAGGGUGCUCAAGCUGUUCGGCCAGCACAGGAGGCGUCCAAGCUGCGCGAGCGCAUGGGCGAUCCCAAGGGAGCGGCGCUCGCUGCCUGUGAAGAGGCGAAGGGUUACUACGGCGCGAAGGCCCAGGCGGCAACUCGGAAGGCGGCGCUCAACGCGGUCGCACUAGCGAAGGAAGCCUGCGACAGCAAGACCGAGGCUCUCGCUUGGUACUGUGCCUGUUUGGCCCACUCCGCAGCGGGGCAGAAGCUGGAUGCUGUCAAGGCUGGACGGCAAGCUCUGACUUUGGCGCGAGAGGUCCGGGAUGUGGAGACCAUUGGCAUUGCCCUUCAGGCCUUGAUGCAAGCAAAUGGGGAGGAGGACAAAGCAGCUUCCAUUGCAGAGGAGGAGUUGAUGAUGGCGAAGAAAGUUGGAGACCGACGCCGUGAGGCCUACGCACAGCUGAAGAUGGCACAGUCCAUGAUCGCGCAGGAUCGGCCUCGGGAAGCCCUCCGGAGAGCCACUGAAGCCGCUGACAAGUUGCGAGAGAUGGGUGACUUGAAGGGGGAGGCGAAGGCCACACAGCUUCUGGUCGAAAUCCAGUGCCAGGCAAGACGCGCAAUGGAGGCCUCACGUACUGCCAAAGAGGCGCAGCGUCUAUUCAAGGAAGCGGGGGACAUGAAGGGGUGCGUGGGUGUCCUGCAGCUGUUGACGAGCCUCCAUCUCGAGGCAGGGGACCCUCAUUCUGCUGUCCAAGCAGCACGCGACCAGGUCAAGCUUUUCAGGGAGGCGGGCUACAAGGAAGAGGAGGCAUCGGCCACCCUGGGCCUGGCCGAGAUGACGCAGCAGACGAUGGGACCACGGGAUGCCCUGCGGCUGGCGAAAGAUGCCGCCACGAUGUUCCGUACUGCGGGGGAUCCCGCCGGAGAAGCGCGUGCUCUGUCGCAAGUUGCACAAAUGCACUUGGGGCUGAAAGCCCACACUAAUGCCAUGCAGACGGCUAAGCAAGCCGAGGAACUGGCCCGGAGGUCCGGGGAUGAAAAAGUGCUCAUCACGGCGCUGCAGGCAGUGGGUGAGGCCUAUUCGUCUGCUGACAGGUUCACGGAAGGCAUCGAUGCUGCCAAGGAAGCUUUGCAGAUGGUCGAAAAGGCACCUGUGAAGGAAGAUGCUGCUCGUGCAGCCGCGCUGGCUUGCAUGUCAAAUGUUCAGUUGCAAGUUGCUCACUAUGAUGUGAACAAUCCUGGAGCGCGCAUCCGACCGCGCGGGUUAAAGGAAGCCUUGAAGGCUGCCGAAGAAGCUCUCGAGCUGCAUCGCAAACUCGGCGACCGAAAUGGUGAGAUCAACGGCAUCCAGCGCAUUUUCCAUGCGCAUCUUCUCAGCCAAGACGGGCCGAACUCGCUGCGCUAUGCGAGAGAGUACAUGGACUUGGCACAGGCUUCCGAACAGAAAGAAAACCUUGGCAGUGCGUUGGUCUCACUUUGUCAGGGCCAUUUCCUUUGCCGGAAUUGGGACGAAGCGGAGAGGGCGAACUUGGAAGCACGGGCAAUCUUUGAGAAGGCCCGCAUGCAUGAGAACAUCGAGGUUUGUGAUCAGAUCAUGAGGGAGAUGAAGCAGGAAAUGGAACGAGACAGGCGGCCAAGCCAGCCCAUGGGCCGAGCAAACGCAGCCCAAGGAGCUGGAGGUGGGUACAACUCGCUACUUCCAGAGAGGCAAGCGUCACGUCUGCAGCAAGACGGAGUUCCAUCUGGCGGCUUUCGUGGAGUCCCGGCUGGUGGCUUUGGCAACAGCGAAUCCACACAGGUCAGCCAAGCACAAGCACCGUCGAGAAGUGCAGCCGCGAGCGAAAAGACGGCUAAAGGCUUCUCCGAAGGACUUCGGGGUGCUUUCAGCAAGGGCCAAGGUGGCGCCAUGGACAGGGCGAAGACCCCAAGCGGUGCCCACAACACCAGCAAUUCAUCAAGCUACAGCAGCUACAGCGCGACUGAUGCGAUUGGGAAUGGCCUUGCAGGCCGCACGGGAUCGAGCGCUAGCACUGGCAGCAGAAGCACUGGUGGUUAUGGAGGGCGAUCCUCCGGGUACACUGAAAACGCUGGCUCGCGCUAUGGCGCGUCUGGGUAUGGGAGCAACCAUGGCACCCGGGGCGUGCCUGCCGGUGGAUUUGGCAAGUCCGGUGUGCCAGCCGGCGGCUUUGGCGCAAGCCAAGGCGUGCCUGCAGCUGGUAGACCUGGCGUGCAGGCUGGUGGCUUCGGCGGUGCAGGUGCGGCAGGCGGUGACCCAAAGGCGCGACCUGGCCGCUCAGCCUUUGCUGGCUUUGCCGGUACAAGGGGGCUCGGCCGAGGAGAGGAGUAA